UUUUCUAUUUCUGCAUUUUCAAAGCAGUGCUUAUAAAAUUUGGGUCUUCUUCGUUACUUACGUCUAUUUCAAUCUAGUUGCGUCACUUGAAAAUGCUCAAUUCUCCUACUAAAAGAUUACCGACGCAAAGUGAAGAUACGCACGGAAUUUCAAAGACAGUAUUUACUCACGUAUCUCGUCUACAUGGGCUUCUAAAUGACUGGAUCAGAGUGCGCGACAAGGGAACCAAGUUGUGUAAAGCGGUGAUCGCACUUAAACUACACGAGUGCACCAAUGAUUACUAUCCUCACCAGUUACAACCGCUUACUGAUAGUCUGAUGGAAGUUUUGGAAAGUCUAAACGAUAUAAUCGAAGGGGUAGCUGUCAUAAAUAAGCAAUUGCAAGCUUUAGCUAAGCUACAGCAGGUGGCACAACCUGUCAUAUUGACUUGGACCGCAAAGGAUAUUUCAGAAAAUGUGAUUGAAGUAUUUACCACCCUGCAGCAAGAAUACAGGCUUAAAUCUGUUGUCACAGAAAACAUAGCACAUUGCAGAGAUGAAAAACUAUUAGACAUGUAUGCCACAGCAUGGGAAUUUGACACUUAUUUUCGUGUGGACUCUACCGCCUACUUAUUUUCUGAAGGCUGUCUCGUCACACAUACGUGGGCUGAGGCUAAACAUCGCCUCUAG